AUGAUCAAAUACAGUGUCGGGCUGAGUCUGAGUGCGAGAGAAGGUAGGAUACCGACCUGCACGGUCGACGCGUACGUCGUGCCUCGAAUCACGACCUACGCACCCAUGUCCUUGGACACGCUCGGCUACGAAGCGCUCCGGGACCUACCUCUCGCCGACCCCGACCUCACGACCGAUCAAACUAUCGAAGUUUUGAUCGGUGCAGACUUAUACGCACAAAUUAUGCGACCGGGAUUCCGUCGCGUAACCGCGGAGGGUCCGAUAGCCCAAGAGACUGCGUUCGGCUGGGUGAUUUCCGGACCGAUAAGUGCAGUGGGAAAAACCCAGAAUCCAGUACGGACGCUACACUGCACCGUACUCGAAGCGCUGGAUCACGCGAUUCGAAAAUUCUGGGAAACGGAGGAAAUUCCCGCGACCUCUGUGCGUACAAAGUCAGAGGAAGAAUGCGAAGCAUUCUUUAAGAAAACCGUCGUCCGAGACAAAACUGGGAGGUUUCAAGUGCGACUCCCAUUUAAUUGCCCGAAACCGGAGGAAACGAUCGGAAAGUCGUUCCACAUAGCGUUUUCGGCUCUCGCAAGGUUGCGAAAGAAAUUAGACACGAACCCGACUCUCGGUAAAGAAUACUCGGAGUUUUUAAACGAGUAUGAGUCGCAAGGUCACAUGACUCGUAUCGAGCCUAUUGACCGUUCUAGACUCUAUAUACCACACAGAGCGGUCGUCCGUACGGACAGUACGACCACCAAGUUACGGGUCGUGUUCAACGCAACCUGUAGGACGGCGGGAGGUCGCUCCCUAAACGACAUCCUACACGUCGGUCCAAAAUUGCAAAACGAUAUCACCUCGGUAUUAACGAGGUGGCGUUUGUAUAAAUACGUGCUGGUGGCCGACAUUGAGAAAAUGUUUCGACAAAUUCUCGUAGCACCACAGGAUCGUCGAUUCCAAUGCAUCGUUUGGAGUGCACCCGAAACCGAACAGCUAAAAGCGUUCGAGUUAAAUACCGUUACAUACGGAACAGCGUGCGCUCCGUACUUAUCGAUGCGUACCCUUCUCGAAUUAAAAGAGCAGGAUGGAGGAAAAUUCCCCUUGGCUGCUCCGAUUCUCGAGAAGGACAUUUACGUCGAUGACGUAUUUUUGGGAGCACCAGACAAGCCCUUGCUGGAGAAAAUCCGCACGCAAGUGUGCGAGCUCCUGCAAGGAGGUGGGUUUAAGUUGAGAAAAUGGGCAGGAAACUCGCAGCAACUAUUGCGAAAUAUCCCCCACAGCGCUCACUCCCACGCCGUAGACCUCACCUUGUUCGAGGAUUCCGAACUGAAAGUGCUCGGUCUACGUUGGAUACCGUCUGGGGAUUAUUUUUAUUUCAAUCUCCAACAAUUUCAACCAUCGGCGUUACCGAUGACUAAGAGAAAUCUGUUUUCGGAGAUUGCCAAGCUGUUCGAUCCGCUCGGCUGGUUAUCACCAGUAGUAAUACGCGCGAAAAUUUUGAUGCAGUCCCAGUGGCUGGAGAAAAUCCAGUGGGACGACCAAAUCUCCGCGGACACGCAACGAACGUGGAAUACGUUUUGCGUGGAUUGGAACAGCUUGAAAAAAUUAAAAAUUCCCAGAUGGAUACGGUACGGAGCCGAUACCGUAUCCGUGGAGUUGCAUGGAUUCUGCGACGCCUCCCUCGCCGCCUACUCCGCCGUCACGUAUUUACGCGUGACGACGAUAAACAAUGACGUCUUUACGACAUUGGUAAUGGCAAAAACGCGGGUGGCGCCGAUCAAAACGCAAUCCAUACCCGUACUGGAAUUAAACGGGGCAGUACUCCUCUCCGAGCGUGUGAUGCACGUAAAGCGGUCCAUCUCCAUGAAAUUGGACCGCAUAAUCUGCUGGACAGAUUCUACGAUUGCACUAGCUUGGCUGAAAAAACAUGCGUCGACAUGGAAGGUGGUAAUCGCCAACCGUGUAUCAAAAAUCCAGACGAUGCUUCCGAACGCCGAAUGGCGUCAUGUUCCCACGCGCUCAAAUCCCGCAGAUUUAAAUUCGCGAGGAGUGGAAGCCGCGGAACUUCUUCAAUCGGAACUAUGGAUUUCCGGCCCGCCGUGGCUUCGGCGGGCGGAAGAAUAUUGGCCGAAAAUACCCGCUUCGAUCGAAACGGAAGAAGGAAAACGCGUCUCGCAUACGCUCGUAGCAACUCCGAAAAAAGAAUGGGACUUUGUAUUUCGAUUUUCCCAAUGGAGAAAGCUACUACGCGUAACCGCCUACUGCCUCCGGUUUCGAAGGGCGCGGGACGGAGAGCGUCGGUCCUUCGACGCCAACGUUGUCGACGCAUCUGAAAUACAGCGUGCAACGGAAAGAAUUGCACGUUACUUGCAAAGCACGCAUUUUGCAGAUGAAUACCAGUGCCUGAAAGGGCACCGUGAAAUCCCUGCAACGUCUCCAUUGAAAGGCCUAAACCCCUUCCUCGACGACAAGGAAGUCCUCAGAGUGGGUGGAAGGUUGGAGAAUGCGGCACUUGCAUGGGAAACCAAACACCCGAUAAUUCUGCCAAAACAUCAUGUUUCGAACAUGAUAAUAAGGCAAUGUCAUGCGGAUACGCUGCACGGGGGUUUGCAAUUGACCAUGUACACG